AUGUUUACUACCUAUAAGAGACUUGACAAUGGCUUAAAGAGGAGAAAUACAAUAAAUAGUGACUUCAGUUCGAAGAUAACAGAGGAUAAGAGGUGUGGCUUCAUAAUGUCCAUGUCUACUAGUGUUUUGACAGAGUUUGUGGACCCAUCAUUCUGCACUACUCCAGGCAAUUCAGAUGCAGCAACAGAAGCUAAGGGUAGUAAUACAAAAGAACUAGACAGAGUCAUAAAGAAUGGCAACCAAGACAAAAUAAAGGCUUUUAUACGUGAUCAACAUUGGGGUUUCAGACAUGAGGUCCGCAGUGUACUAUGGCUGCGUCUAUUUAGACUGCAUCACAGGGACCCUGGCAGUUUCUAUGAAGAUAUGAAGAAAGACAUCUUUGGAGAUGGUACAAAAUAUCACUCAGACGUGCCACUCCCGACAUUUGUCGACCCUUCACACAUGCAACAUUAUCACCUUAGCAACCACGGGAUCCAUAUCGUCAAGAAAAUUGUCUGCGUUCUCGGCCACACAAACCCUGACGUCACUUUCAGUCCAGUCCUGUUCGCCAUCGCAAGCGUAUUCCUGCACUACAUGUCCGAGGCUGAUUGUUUCAAUUGCGUCUAUUGGUUGGUGAGGAGUCGUGAGGGAAGCUACCUAACACAGACGAAGAUAGGGUAUGACGCAUCGAAACACGUCCUAAGGGAUCUCAUGAAGAAAUAUGCUAAACAAGCAUAUACAUUCCUGACUUCACAUCAUAAUGGAGCCAUUGAAGAUGUAUUAGAGUCUUGGGUCUGGUGGAUUUUUAGAGAUCUGCCUUUUCCUUAUUUGGUGAGAAUACUGGAUUGCUACCUGUAUGAAGGCUCAAAGAUUCUCUACAGAGUUGCACUAGCCAUUCUGAUCCGAUUCCAAAAAUACAUUGAGCGCUCCAAUUCUAAUAUAGAUGGCAGCGUAAAGGAUGCCAUCGCUCAAUUUUGCGAGGAUAUUCCUGUCACUGUGGAUAAAUUACUCAAGGUUGCUUUUGGUAUCCGAGGCAUAUCCCGUAAAGAGAUAGCCAGAUUUGGUACAAAGAACGAGAUGUUCUUGAAGAGUCAAAAUAACAUGGCAGAGGUACCCCACCUACCCAAGUCAACAUCAUGUGAGUCUCUGGACCUCAAAGUCUCAAGGUCAUUUAGUGGGCCAGCCAGUACAAUGCAGUUUAAUGAUGUAUCAUCAGAAGUAGUCUCUACGUCACAUUUACAGACAAUAUAUGAAUGGUUGCCUACUCGGAUGACUGUUUAUCAACCCACCUUACUAUUCACAACCAGCGAACAUGGCACAAGUAUUGGAACUUUAUUUUCUCGUUGUCUGGAAGACGAACAGACAAUUUUGGUUGUCAAGACAACUAAGAACGAGAUAUUCGGUGCUUAUUGUUCUGCUAAUUGGGAAGAAAGGAAACAAAUGGAUAAGAAGUUGUCAUUCUUUGGCACAGGAGAGACAUUCUUAUUCAGUCUGCACCCCCAGGCUGUACACUACCCCUGGGUGGGGAUAAAUUCAAGAGGAAAUGUGCCAUUUAAUCAGCAUAUGUUCAUGUCUGGAGAUCACCAGGGUAUUACCAUAGGUGGAGGAGGGGGAGGCCAAGGCCUGCAACUUGACAACAAUUUAGACAAGGGUCGCACCCAGAAAUGUGACACAUUUGACAAUGCUCCCCUUGCUUCUUGUGAAGACUUCCAAUGCAGUGUAGUAGAGGUGUUUGGAUUCAAAUAACAUCAAAACAUUUCAUGUGGUCAUGUUUUGAAAUGCAAA